AUGGAUCUGGUUGAUUUGCUAACUUUGAACCUUUCACGUAAUCAUUUCACUGGAAGAAUCCCCGAGAAGAUUGGCAACUUGAAGCAACUUGAGUCACUUGAUCUAUUAAUGAAUGAACUCUUUGGUGCAAUCCCUGAAAGCUUAUCUGCUUUAAACUGGUUGAACUUCCUGAAUUUGUCACACAAUAAGCUAUCAGGGCCAAUACCAUCAGGGAAUCAAAUUCAGACCUUAAUCGAUCCAUCUAUCUAUGAAGGAAACAGUGGACUCUGUGGCGAGCCACUCCCAAAUGACUGCCUGGAACAUAAAUUGUCUACGAAAAAUGGGCAUAUUCAUGAUGAUAUAGGCCACGGCGAGUCUAAUUUGUCUUGGUUUUAUGUUGUUCUAUUCUUGUCACCAGCCAGUUCUCACUUCUCAUUUGGCUGCAGCAAACAAACUUAUAAUUAUUCAAAUGUCUCAUGUAUUGAGAGCAAACGACAAACUCUUCUUCGAUUCAGAGAUGGGUUGACAGAUGAAUCGAAUCGUCUGUCAUCUUGGAUAGGAGAGAACUGUUGUUCAUGGGAAGGCAUUGGUUGCCAUCAAACCACUAACCGUCUGGUGAAACUUGAUCUAUACAAUGCAAGCCCGUUACAUUCAAAUGAUAUAUUUAUUUACUGCAAAAAUUGCUUGGGAGCUCAAUUAAGUCCAUUUUUGGUCAAUUUGACCAAUUUGCAAUACCUGGACCUGAGCAAGAAUAAUUUUUCAGGAAUCCAAGUUCCCACAUUCCUUGGAUUGUUGAAAAACUUGAGAUACUUAAAUCUUGUAAAUGUAGUGUUUGACGAUGAAAUUCCCAGCCAUCUAGGAAAUCUCUCAUGUUUACGGCAUUUAGAACUUGGAGGUGUAACUCCCUCCUUAACAUGGAAUCGAUUGACAAUGAAGGAUCUCAGGUGGAUUGUUGGACUCUCUUCUCUGGAAGGCUUAGUCCUGUCUGGGGUGAAUCUUAGUGCCGUUGAAGUUGGGUUACAGACAAUUAACAUGCUUCCUUCACUAACAAGACUAGAAUUAGUUGGUUGUGGACUUUUCAUGAAUCCUCAUCUUUCACAGGUCAAUUUCACAUCUCUUUCUUCCCUUGAACUCGGUGAAAAUAAUUUCAACAACUACAUGGUCCCUCCUUGGCUCCAUAAUCUUACUGGUCUCCAUGAUCUUGGUCUUAGCUCUAAUCAUCUUUCUGGUCCAAUUCAUGGCCUAUUUGAACAAAUGACCUCUCUAGUUGAUCUCAAUCUAGGAGAAAACCUCUUUGAUGCAUCAACGUUGAAGUCACUUUGCAAUGUAAGCAGUCUUAAUUAUUUGGAUUUGAGUUUAAAUGACAUGCAAGGGUCGAUACCAAGUGAAAUAGGCCAACUUUCGAAGCUGCAAGUAUUAGAUGUUUCUUCCAACUCAUUAACUGGUGUAUUAUCUGAAGACCAUUUUGCAAAACUCGGAGAGCUAAAGUCGUUGAACCAAUCUGAAAACUUAUUCGCUCUGAAUGUGAGCUCCUGGUGGGUUCCUCGUUUUCAACUCCGAGAUAUUAUGAUGUCAUCCAUCAAAGUAGGUCUGCUAUUUCCUGCUUGGCUGCGAACGGAAAAAGAGGUUCAGUGGUUAGACAUGCAGAAUGCGAGCAUUUCGGAUAGCAUACCCAGCUGGUUUGGAGUGUUUUGUUAUGAAAUUUAUUUUGUAGAUUUCUUCAACAACAACUUGACUUGGAAUCUGUUGGAGUUCAAACAAAUGAAGAAGAGUCCUCCUGAUGGUAAUUCUCCAAGCAUAGUUCUAAAGUCCAACAAAUUGGAUGGAUCUCUCAAAUCGUUUCCAUCUUAUAUUUACGAAUUAGAUCUUUCACAAAAUUUUCUUACCAGACAUAUUCCAUUGCCUGAUGUUGGUCAAACUGUUGCAUCUACUGUUUUUCUCAUACUCAGUGAUAAUCAUUUCACAAGUAGUAUCCCGGAAGACUUGUGCAAGUUGGAAAAUUUAAAAUAUCUGGAUCUAUCCAACAAUUUCCUAUCUGGAAGAGUUCCUCUGUGUUUGGGGAAUUUGCCAGACUUGUUGGUCCUAAACUUGGCAAAUAACAGUCUAUGCGGUCAAAUUCCGAGUUCACUAGGCAACUUGGGGCAACUUUGGAUUUUGCAUUUGAAUUGA